GCUUUAUUGACGUGUUUUUGACUCACUUUUUAGAUUAGCAUCGUUCGCAACCCGCAAGCUAACCAACGACCACCGGUCAGCCGCCGUUUCGGAAUCUUUAGUCAAACAAACCAUUGGACACGGUUCAGCUACUUCUCUCAUCUUCCGAUAAGCACAUUCACUUCAAAUCCCCACCAUCCACUCAGACAUCCACCCAUCACCAUCCACAACCAUUCUGCCACGUACAUAUUGCCCAGUCACCUGCCACUAUAAACAAAUAUUCGGCACACCCUUAUCAAAUAAAAAAAAAGUUAAAAAACACAAAAACGUGUUCGAGAAGACACCGACGCAGCCGACUUGGACCGACCAUAGCCACGUCACAGGAGCCAGCACACAAGUUCCUUCCUAUCUCGAGUUAUCUUUCGCCACGUACACCACUCAAACGGCUAGUUUUCCCCUAUUCCACUAUUUUAUUUUUUUAACCGCCAAAAGGAUAACUUUAACCCGCACGGAGGAAGAUUUUUUCACUGGAAUCGUCCAGUACUUUCUGGCGUUAACCGCGUUACCGAAUAGAUGUUCAUUUUUAUUUUAUUUAUUUAUUUGUUGUUUUAUUAUUUAUUAUUUAUAUUUAUUAUCAGUGCUACGGAUUUUUUCCAUUUUAAAAAGAGUAGAACACUAUCUUUUCCACGCUAUAUAAACGCCACUUUACAUUUUUAAAGCAAAACUGAAAACUCUCUCUACUUCAAACACGGUUCUGACUCCAUUUUCGCCACUUAACAAGGGUUUUACCUUAACAGCAACGCUUUCUCUCUCAAAUUUAGGGUUUUAUAAAGGUCUGUCUUUCUCUCUCUUGGAGAUUUGCUCAUAUAUUCUCCUAUCGAUCUCCUUCUGUUUUUGAAAAACUCAAAAAGAUUUAGGAAAGAAGAUUUGUUAUUUGAAUUUGAAUAUCUUGCUCAUAAUGGCAUUGGGAAGGAGAUGCAAUUCAAUGAAGUCAAGGCGUACUGGAAUUUUUGGUGAAGAGGGAUUAGGGUUUGGGUUCGUGAAAUAUACACGAAGUUUUGGAAGAAAAAGGAUUUUAAUUUCAAACAGUGAAGACUUUUUGCCUCUCGAUUCGCCUAUCCAAACUCCAUUGAAAAGGCAUUGCAAUUUAGAGCCUGAAAAAUCUGCUCUUGAAAGCCUGCCUCAGGAUAUUCUGGUUAAGAUUCUCUGCGGUGUGGAUCAUGAUGAUCUGAAGCAGCUUUUCCAUGUCUCCACAGUAAUUAGAGAAGCUACUUUGGUUGCUAAAAAAUGGCACUUCGCCUAUAGUACGCCAAAAAAGACUCCAGCUUUUCGAACUUCAAUCGAUUUCGAAAAUCCAAGCGAAUUCGAAGAUAUUGAGGCACCAAAUGCACCAAAGGUUCCACGAUCUUACAAGUCGAGACUAAAUGGGAAAAAUCUCGCCGACAUAUCAGUGGCAUUAUUUGCUUCCCCAAGGAAGGAGCUGUUCCUGGAAACAGAGACGUGAACGCAGAGCAAGUCUUGUAAAUAACACGAAUUUGUUGUUUGUUGUAGAUAGAAGAAGACGGGGGUGGAGAUCUUGUUUGUUAUCGGAUCUCGUUUUUGGUAGGUUCUGUACAUGACAAGAAUCUUUACAGGCCAAAUUUUAUUCUUCAAAUCUUCCAUUGAAGAUAAGUAUUGGGCUUGUUUGUAUCUUUUGUGGGUGUACAUGUGGUUACUGAGAUAUUCUUUUUAAGGGCAAUCUUUUCCCUUCUAGUUUGAUAAAAGAAUGAAUGUCAUAGUGUUUAUGAUCUGUAUACGCUUUAUGUCUAAUAAAAUGAAGAAUAAUUCGCUGCA